UCGGGGCUUUCCCCCCUCCGCUUCUAAAACCACCUGGAGACAUGGUUCCUGAGUUUGACUUCUUUGGACACUGAAGCUGAUUCGAACGCGUCGCUGAAAAGUGCUGAUUAAUUAUCAUCGCCACAUGGAACUCAUUCCCUCGUUUGAACAUAUGAAGACUGAUCACUAUAACUGGACAUAUUGCUGUUGAUGUGUGACCAAAGUGCGGAGAUGCCUGGGGGUGACAGCGGCCUGGAUGGAGAGGGACAGGUGACAGCUACAGCUACAGGUGAAGGUGGAGGGGAACAGAGUGUGACGUCCGGGCAGCAGGACAGAGGGGCAAAGGGGAGAGGAGAGGAGAGAGGAGCUUCAGGUGGAGAAGUCGGGCAGGAAGAUGAAGAGAUGACCAGUGGUUCACAUGACCUCUCCUCCUCGGCCAAUCACAGCCCUAGGAGUGCCACUGGAUCCACCUCAGUUUCAAUCGAGAGCGGUGAGCAUCCAGAUGGUGGCAAAAGGCAGGCCCACAGAGAAAUGAAGAUCACUGUGGCUGAGAUGAAGAAGAGGCUUCCGUCAGGCAAACGCAGGCACAGCAAAGCCAGCACUGUGGAGGCCUUACAUUACGCACUUAACUGUGUCAAACAAGUUCAAGCCAAUAGUGAAUACUACAAACUGCCGAUUAGAACAGGCCAGGAUGAGAGGAGAAAUGCCACAGUUUGCUCCCUGGAAGAGUUGGAAAGAGUCAUUUCUGGACACACCCUUAAAAACACGGAAUCUUUCGUGGUUGUCUUCUCCCUGACGAGCGGCCGCGUGCUCUACACGUCGGAGCAGGCUCACACCAUUCUAUGCUGCAAGCGGAAGUUCCUGGAGUCGGCCAAGUUUGUGGAGCUGCUCUUCCACCAAGAUGUUAAUGUCUUCUACGCUCACACGGCUCAGCCGCACCUGCCGCCCUGGAGCAACUCACACACAGCGGGAGUUCUGUUUGACUGUGCGCAAGUCAAGUCCUUCUUCUGCAGAAUCAGGGGUAGGAAGGACCGUGAGGGUGAGAUGCAUUACAAUCCAUUCCGAAUUACGCCGUACCUGCUGAAGGUGAAGGGAACAGGAGCAAGUGGAGAGGAGGAGGAGCCGUGCUCUCUGGCGCUGGCUGAACGCAUCAUCUCUGGAUAUGAAGCCCCUCGGAUCCCAGUGGACAAGCGCAUCUUCACCACCACGCACUCCCCUGGUUGUGUGUUCCUGGAAGUGGAUGACAGGGCUGUACCGUUGCUAGGAUACCUUCCUCAGGAUCUGAUUGGCACAUCAUUGCUGACUUGUAUUCAUCCAGAGGACCGGCCCCUCCUGCUGUCCAUGCACCGGAAAGUGUUGAAGUAUGCUGGCCAGCGGCCAUUUGAGCACUCUCCGGUGCGUAUGCGCUGUCAGAAUGGAGACUACAUCACCUUGGACACCAGCUGGUCCAGUUUCAUCAACCCAUGGAGCCGUAAGGUGGCCUUUAUCAUCGGACGGCAUAAAGUCAGAACGAGUCCACUGAAUGAGGAUGUAUUUGCUGCUUGGACUCAGGAGGAUUUUACAGUCACCCAUGAAGAAAUUAAAGACCUGCAAGCAAAGAUCUAUAAGCUUUUCCUGCAGCCGGUCCGCAACAAUGGUUCCAGUGGUUACGGCAGCUUGGGAAGUAACAGAUCUCAUGAGCAUUACAUCAGCGUAGCUUCUUCAAGUGACAGCAAUGGUAACCCAUGGGAGGACUCACACCGGGAAUCGAUGACUUUGCAGCAGAUCUGUGCCGACGUGAACAGAGUGAAGAGUUGGGGUCAGCGGGCCUAUCUGGAUUCCAACCACAAAAUGUCUCUUUUUGGCAAACCUGCCACAGCACGUCUACCGCCCGCAGUCCUAAACCCUGAGGUCAGAGAUCAUGAAGAAAGCAGGAAGCAAACACACAUUCCCUCCUAUCAACAAAUCAACUCUGUGGACAACAUCAUCAGAUAUUUGGAUAGCUGUACAGGUCCGGCCCUUAAGCGCAAGAGUGAGUCUCAUUCCCUGUCCACCUCAUCUUCCUCAGAAGAUGAAAAGCCUGCUGGAGCCACAGACACGGCUCAGGCCAACUCAGAUGUGGUGGUGUUGGACAGUGAGGUGUCAGUGGGCCCUGCAGCUGUAUUGGGAGCACCUCUCACAGACAUCACAAUGUCCACCAAGGCCAUGAGUGUGGUCUCAGUCACCAGCCAGUGUUCAUACAGUAGCACCAUCGUACAUGUGCCGCAGCCUGAGUCAGAGGCCACGGCACCAGAGGAGGCACCAAUGGGCAGUGAGCCUGCUGAUGCUGUUCCCACCCACAUCCGUCCAGCCCCUCGCCACGCCGCAGAGAAGCAAAGAUUUGUCGGUCUCACCAAGCAUGUGCUGUCAGCUCAUACCCAGAAGGAGGAGCAAGAGUAUGUUGAUCGUGUCCGCCACCGCGUCCUCCAGAGCCCCUACAGCUCCUACCUGCAGCUGGAUGACAGCUCGAUGGUUCACUCCCAUCACCCAGGUGAUAACCUACGUCCAUUGAGUGGUUGUAACCGCUCUCGGAGAGGAAAGCCCAGGUACAAGCGCCCCAAACCCCAGGGUUCCUCAGAUAGCUAUGUCUCUCCACCUGGACCUCCUCGCCGUGUCCCUGACUCUUCCUGGUCUCCAUCAGAGUCAUCUCAGCCCCAGAUGAGGGCGCCCAACGGCCAAACAUCCCUACUCCAGACGCCAUUCUUCCCUAUGAUGGCGACUCAGCCUACCCCAGAGCAACCGCCCAGCGCACAACAGAUGCCUGGAGCGACUCCUUUAGUUCUGCAGCCUCCAGACCAAACCCAGCUCAGCUACAACUUCAACACCAUACAGUCGACUCAGAGCCUGUCAGGCAUGCAACCAAUUCAGAUGCAUUCCAUUCCGAGUCUGCAGAACAUGCAGAGCUUUCACACCAUGCAGCCCAUGGCUCCAGCCCAACCCAUCAACCCUUACUUGGCUCCAGUCAUGGCCGUCAUCCUUCCCAACUACCAAACUUUUACUGCAGGUUACCCAGCCAUGUUCCCUCCAUCGGGUGCCUCCAUGCUGCCCGAGGCACUGAUCACCAUGACGGGCUUUGCCCCUGGAAGCUCUCCUUUCCUGCAGCCUCAGUUCCAAACCCAGCCCAGCCCCCACACUAUGACCUGCCCGGUCCCUCUGCUUUGCUCUCCCAGACCCAGCUCCUCUGUUGGGGAGGAGGAGGAGGCACCUGGAGCCCGGGCUUUAUUCUCCAGCUCUCGCUCAAGUUCUCCCCUGCAGCUCAACCUGCUGCAGGAGGAGCUGCCCAAGCCGAGUGAAGGGCAGAGAAGCACCGGGCACAACCACAUAGAUAGCCUCCAUGAAAAACAUGACAACGAGGCUGACAACCCCAGUGACUCUGGGAACCAUGAUACCCAGUCUACAUCCAGUGAGAUGCUUGACCUGCUACUGCAGGAGGAUGCCAGGUCAGGGAUCGACUCCAACGCUUCAGGAUCAGGGGAGUCUGGAGGCUCGUUGCGAUCUGGAUCUGAAUCUGGCUCCAAUGGAACCUCCACCUCUCACACUGGCAGCAGCAACAGCAGCAAAUACUUCGCCAGCAAUGAUUCAUCAGACACGUUGCGCAGAGCCCGCAAGAGCCAGGACCCACCAGCAGAGAACCAGCACAGCUCCGACACGCGUGUGGAGAACCCCCUGUGGAGCAUGAUCAAGAGCACACCUGAGCGAGUCUUGAUGACAUACCAGAUCCACACCAGGGACCAGGCUGAGGUGUUGGCAGAGGACAGGAAAAAGCUUCGGGUUCUUCAGCAUCUCCAGCCCUGGUUCAGCCAGGAGCAGAGAGAAGAGCUGGCUGAAGUCCAUCCCUGGAUCCAACAGCACACUACCCCACAGGAGAUUGAUAUACAGGGUUGUGGGACCUGCAGCUCAGGAGCAGGGGUCACCCCAUUCCCUCACCCACCUGCCCCAGAAAGCUCCUCCGCUCUGGACAGCCAUCAGCAGAACUCCAGUGGACCUGUGUUGGACACUUGAGAGACAUGGUACCCCUAAAAACAACCACCACCCGGUUCAUAGUGAACCAGCUCAGCCAGAGACCCUCCGAGAGAGCCCUACCAUCUCUUUUUCUGACCAGUCCAGAGGAGUGUGUCCCUUUGCUCUAAAUACAUGUUGAACUUGUUAUGUGAAGUUAUCGGAGGCUGGACCAGGCCCUGAGGAGUCGGGAGAGGCGACAUUCUCACCGGCAUUUUCGUCUCAGUCGGCCUAACAUUGGAUCAUGAAUAUUUCACCUCUCUUCUGUUUGUGUUAAUAGAGCCUCUGUCGGGCUUAACUCAGUUUCCAAGAAUCCUUUGGUGCCAUGAGCCACUUGAUGCCCAACAGAGGAAGAGGAGGGUCGUUCGGUUGCUGAACAUGAGCACUUUGUACUCGCACCCAGUCUGCUGGACCAGUGACUGGGUGACAAAGACAGCACUGGCCCAGUUGUCGUAUAACAACACACAGCAGGCUGUGCUCCGGUGAUACAAAGCGCAGGUUGUGCAGUUUCCAUGUACCACAUCAUCUCCUUCAGUGACAUACCAUGGAAUACACAUGGUAGUUUUGUUCUCUUUCCCUGAUGGCAAAGACACUGUUUAUAAUGUUCAGAUAUGAAUAUUGUAUUUUAAUUGUUAUUAUUCCAUCUGUUCUUGUUUAGAGCAUCAUUGUUUUUUCUCUCACUCUGAGUCACAAACAACAGCAAACUUGUCGAUAUUUUCAAAUUGAAUUUAGUACAACAACAUAAAUACACCCCAGUUUCUUCAAACAUCCUGUUGCCGGUGCUUUUCUCUACCCAGCUUCCUGCCUGGUCCUCACCCUGUAGAUGACCUCUAACUUUAAACAGACAGAGCAGCGCCCCAAAUACCCUCUGAUCCUGUGUUUACUCUCUGAAUGAAUUCCCCAUCACACUCUGUGUAGCUGUCUGUCUGAUUGACUGCCUGUUUGUGUGAAACAGAGCGACAGAGGAAUCAACUAACGCAUUGUAGAUCCUACUGGAACAGAUCAGAUGGCAGGUGAUCUCAUCAAUCACACUCUGAUUGAUUGCAAGCUGCUGCCUUUGACACAGUUGUCUAAAAGUGCAGGACAGACCAGGGUUUCCUACAGUUUUUAGAUGGAAAGUAUAUAUUGCGGCCAUGUGUUUUAUAGAAAAUGUUUAUCACAAAUCGAACUUCACAAAGUGUAUAAAAAA